AUGUAAAUCGAGUUUGAUUAAUACUUAUCAUUGUUAACUAACUUAGAUGAAGAAGUCUGUAAAAAGAUAAAAGAGCAAUUUCUUUUGGUUUAAAAUAAUCAACCAGAGGCUUUAAAGUGGAAUGGCUAUUAAAGCAAAUUAUUAAAGUCUUUGAUACAGACCUAUUGUUCUAAUUAAAAUAAAAUCCAUACUCAGAUACCAGAUAAUGUUUGGAACAUCAUCUCGAAAUUACUAAACAAAUCUGUAAUGGAUUGCAGAUCACAAUUAGAAAACUAAAAAAAAUAAAUAUUCCAUUAAUAAUAAUGGAGCAAAAAUGAAGACGAAGCCUUAAAAGAAAUUUGCAACUAGUAUAUCUCAGAAAAUAAACAAUUUAAUUGGAGCGAUAUAGCAAAAGAAUUAUCUUAAAAGUUUCACAAAUCUACAAUAAAGCUGACAAAAUUUGUACGAGAUAGAUGGAUUAAUAAACUAAACCCCCAAAUUUAAAAAGGUCCUUGGGACCUACUGAAGAAUAUUAAUUUAUGA